AUGGACCGUAACCGCACAGUCAGUGGUGGGCAUUCCGAUAAUGCGCCAUUGAUGAGCUCAGCCGAACCGCCAGGUUACGACGGUGGAGAUCUUGCGAUGCGACACGAUGAAUCGUACGCACCCGACGAUACGUCGUACUCACCACCGAUGGUCUUGUCGCCCGAAGUCAUAGACUCCAAAGGCGGUGCCUACACCACCCUGAAUACACCCCGUACCCCCAGCUCUACGUUCAGUGUAGAAAACGGAGCCUACCACCACAAACAUCACAAUCGAGUUAAGCGUUUCGAUCACCGCGAAGCCCGCAAGACGCUCCUGAAAACUGGAGCGAUGAAGCUCCUCGUGACACUGUUCUUCAGUGCAGCGAUGUGUGUCACACUCAAAUCAUGGGAAGGAUGGCGCGGCAGUAUCGUCCUUUCCAAUCUCGAUGUUCGAAUCUUCAACUCGCUCACCAUUGGGCUCUCGCUGUGUCUGGGUUUGAACAUCCUGGCCUCGUUGAAGCACUACGCCUCCGUCUUUCGAUGGUCCUUCCUCACUAGACGAUAUGUCAGUCUGGAGGUAUUCGAUCUCAUACUACACCUAAGCUCGCUUGCCAAAGUCACAAAGUUGAUGAUCCUCAGCUCACCUGGAUUUCGUGGCAAGACUUGGCUACGGAAGUUUGGCUGGUUCAAGGAUGUCAGAGAUGAUGGGACCAAGUGGAUGUGGCUUGCGUGCCUAGCUUGGCUGUCUCUUAACAUUGGCUCUCAGAUCUUGGUUGCAUUACUGAGUCUGUUCUGGCCAAUGGAGAAUUCAGAAAUUCCCCUCUUUUCCUAUGGAACUGUAAUCGUUGCCGAUAUGAACGGGUGGUCUGUGAACGACACCUCACCCAUGCUUAUUUAUGACAAGCCCCGAUUCACUGAGAACUCGCUUGAGACGGCUUGGAUGUUCGGUACGCAGGCCAUGGACUACCCCGAAUUUCCUUUCACGACUAUCGAGAAGAUGGACACUGAUCCAUCCGGCUUACAAGGCGCACCCAUCUACAAAGGUGACGACGCCUGGCAUUAUCGCUUCUUCAACCGCGAUCCAAAGCAUCCGUGGAUCAACUAUGUAGCUAGCUCCCGCACUAUGAGUGUCCAGGCAACGUGCGAGAAGCUUGAGCUACAAAACAGCACUCUGCAGGAUGAUGAACGUGGUACAUAUCUCAUGGGAAGGAAGCCGGGCACGGAAGAAUAUACCCAGCACGAUGUCACCGAAACAGCUUGGGGAUCUGUCACUUGGAUGGCAUCCGUGUAUGAGAGCUGUGGUCCGAGGUGUACGAACUUCACUAUCGUCCGACUGCCAGACAAUAUACGCGUAAAUGAUACGUCCCUAUUCCUCUGCAACAAUACCGUCGGAGAAGUGAUAGAUGGCAAGCUCAAGAAAAACGAUAUCACAAUAAACGGUCACAACGCUUCGGAUGCAGUGUACGGUAGCGACGACUUCGCUCGUAUAGCCGCCGGGUCAAUAAGCUGGACGGGCUUUCCCUGGAAUAGCUGGGAUGACAAACAGACGCGAUCCUACAGCCAGGGCUCCAAGUGGUCUCCGGCGCACGAGCUCAAGAAAGAAGAGCUUGAAGACUUGCUAAUGCGCUUCACGAUCGGUGCUGUAGCCGCGUUCGACGACCACGGCAUCCGCUACAACGUCACCGAGCAAACUGUCGUUCCCUCACAGGGUCAACAACUCAACGUGGACUGGUCCUAUAUCUUCAGUAUUUUGGGCGGAAUAUGCUUCAUUCAAUUCCUGGCAUUGUGUUUGAUGGGCAUCUUUGCCAAUCGUACGAUUGUGCGGGAUGAGAGUUACUUCAGUAUGGCUAUGUUGUUGAACCCGGUUGUAAGUCGCAUCAAGAGUGAGUCGGCUAUGACCAUGAGUGGGGAUGAGAUAAAAGAGACCAGGGUACUUCAGUUCAAGAAGAUCAAGUACGACUAUCAUGAGGGAGGGAAAGGGGAGCCGAAUCGCGUCGCUAUCUUCUUUGAGGGUGAGGACCGUCGAGAGAGUAGGAAGAGUUGGGCGGCAGGGAGCUAUGCGUAA